UGGAUUGACACUUCGGUAGCUAACUGUUAUGUAAGGGACUCUUUAUACCUUCUUAAGCAACUUGUUUCACGCCUGAGGCGAGCUGACUCAUGUCGGACACUGACGAACCGCUGUCCAUUGAGUCCACGGGAGAGGAGGCAGAUGUGGUUAGCCUGCCGGAUCCAGAGAGCCCGGAACCGGUCAGCGGGGGCCUGGAGCCGACCGAGGAUGGCGAACAGCCAGGACAGGUGGAAGAGGAUGGCUGGGAGCAAGAUGAGGAAGCAGGGUAUGCAGAAGAGCAGGAGGAGGAGGGAGCAGAGCAAGAACAGAGAGAAGGGGAUGGAGAGCAAGAGGGAGGGAUAGAAGAAGAGCCAGAAGAGCAGGAGCUGAAUGGUUUGGACCCAGAAGAACAAGAGUUGAGUGGUUUGGAGCCAGAAGAUGUGGGCAGGGAAGAGGAGGGUUUGGCCAAAGAACAGGACAAGCCAACAGACAACACCCCUCCUGGCUUACUCCCACCUCAGAAGAGAAUAACUAUCAAUUCUGAAAAAUAUGCACUGAAUCUGAAGUGGGCUUUGGGGAUCAGCCCGGCCAUCCCCGUCUUCAGCCUGCUGGACGAGGAGCGGCUGGAGGUUGUGUACGGCUGUGCCAACGUGGCGGUGAUUUACGACCACUCCUCCAACUCCCAGCACAUAUUCCAGGGGCACUAUAACCCCGUAUCCUGUCUGUGUGUGAGUGAGGACAGGCGCUGGCUGGUCACAGCAGACCUGGGAGCCGACAGCCUGGUGCUCGUAUGGGAAACACAUUCAGGGUUUCCCGUGCAGACGCUGUUCGGCUGUCAUCCUGAAGGGGGUGUUGCAGCGAUGGCUUUAUCGCAGGACGCAAAGUACCUGGUGACCGUCGGAGCCGCAGAAAUCCAGAGGGUGUGCUUGUGGGACUGGACCAGUGAGAUGGAGGGUCCAGUCUGUGUGACAGAACUACAACCAGAAUUUGGUUGCCAGAAUCACAUAAUUUUUCACCCACUUGACAACAGCCAGAUCCUCAGUAACAGUGAGAGCCAGGUUGUAUUUUACUCCUGGGACAAAGGGGAGCUGGAUUAUUACACCCCAAAUCUGUCAGAUAAGACCUUCAACCGUACGGUGGGCUCGUUCAGCCAGUCCAUUUUCAGUACGGAGGGGGAGCAGGCGUUCUCGGCCACAUCCCUGGGGAACACCGUGGUGUGGGACAUCAUGCAGGUGGACUCCUCUGAGAUGAACAUGCAGAGGGUCGCCCUGAAGCUCAUUCCGCUCCAGAAACACGCCAUCACCGUGCUCACCCGCACCGACGAUUUCAUUGUCACAGGCAACGCCAUGGGUCACGUGAUCUUCUACGACCAGCAUUUCAAACUGAUGAAGUGGUACGACGAGUUUGAGCUGGAUGCCAUCGCGUCCAUAUCCUUCUCCAGGGAGACCAACAGCAAGGUGGGGUACCUGGACAGCCUCCUAAACGACGGCAAGCCCUCCCUGGUCCGGAACUUUGUCCUCUCCACGGAGAGUGCCGGAGUGGCUCAUGUGAACACGGCGAGGGGGAAGCUGCGGUGGGUGCUGACAGAGCAGUCGGGGGCGCUACAUGCGCUGGCCUGCCACCCCACCCUGCCCAUCGUUGCCCUGGGCAGCCACUGCGGCGUCGUCAGGGCCUGGGACUACCUGAGCAAGAGGACCGUCUGCACCCGGGUCUUCCACAGGGAGAGGCAGAUCCAGUGCCUCGCCUAUGACCCCAAAGGUUUUCACUUGGCGGUUGGGUUCACCUGUGGGACGGUGUACAUCCUGGACACUAUCGAGCUGCAGAACAAACCGGAAGAGCAGUUCCGCUGCGCCCACGACGGGAUCACGCACAUCGCCUUCUCCCAGAACUCGCACUACAUGGCCACAGCGGACACAGGGAAAGCGGUGACACUGUACAAGCUUUGUCCCAAAGAUGGGAGUCAGGUUUGGGACUACCAGUGGAGACAUCGUUAUCACUACCAGCCCAUCCAGGACCUCCUGUUCGGGGAGUACCCCGGCAGCACCCAGACCAUGCUCCUCUCCCUGGGCUCGGACCGCAGGCUGGUGGAGUACGACCUGAAGAACAGCGGCGAGGACGAGCUGCGUAUUCAGAGCGCGUCGCGCGUCGAGCAGAGCGCCACGCCCACCUGCAUGGCCUGGUACCCGCCCCUCUCCUCUGACCACGUCCUGCUCGUCGCCGCCACCAACUACAAGAUGAAGAUCCUCAACAGCGGCAAGACGUGCAGGAAAACUCUCCUGGGCCCCACCCACAGCGCUCCAGUGCAGAAAAUGGUGGUUCUCCCCCCGUCAGCAGACAGGGAUCCCAGCGCACAUUACCUCACGUACAUCGCCGGGAACAAGCUGGGGCUGCAGAUCCUCCCCGUCGAUGGGAAUCCCUACAGGUAUUCCGCGCUCAUCUGCCACCCGCCCGGAAUCUCGGGCCUGGCCUGCGGCUCCGACGGGAAGCACGUCUUCACCUCCGGCGGGGCGGACUGCACCGUGUGCUGCUGGGAGGUCAACCUCAAUGCACUGGAAGCAGAGGCCACUCUGGGAGGGCAGGGCAUUGUGCCCUUCUACACCCUUCUAGAAGGAGGCAGAGAUGGACAGCUCUUCAAAGACAUCACAGACUACUUUUACUACAGCCAGGUGCGUCUGCAGGGCGUGGACACCAUGGAGUCGCGGCGUGUGUCCACCAGGAUCACCCUGAGCGAGCUGUCCUCCAUGAUGAGGGUCCUGGGCUUCUUCCCCUCCGACAGAGAGAUUGAGGACAUGCAGAACGAGGUGAGGUACAGUCGGUAUGCGGAGACGGGGCUCACCGUCCGGGACGUCGACCUGGAAGACUUCAUCAGGCUUUACGUUAACCACCGGCCGGUCGUGGACUGCAGCUGGGAGGAGCUCCAGCACGCCUUCGCCACUCUGGGUCACGUGAACGAAAACGGGGAGUGCGUCAUCAGCAGAGACGAUAUGCUCCACGUUCUGCAGACCAGAGGGGAGCCUAUGAUGGAGGAAGAACUGGCAGAGUGCUUCUCCAUCCUGUUGGGGGCGAACACAGAAGGUGGGCCUCCUAUGCUGGAGACCGCUGACAGUAAAGGCCUGCUGGAGCGAAUGCUUCCAGAGGAGAUCUCCAUGGAAACAUUCAUAUUGGACAUUCUGGGCUGGUUCACUUCCAUCACCCGCCCGACCUCAUCUGGAGCAACAUCACCACCUGACUCCCAGGCCUCGUAGGCAUGGGCCAUGGGCAGCCUGGGAGAACCUUUUAAACAUGAAGUAGCCCACACAGAUCUAGGUAUCUGUGUAAUACUGUUCGCACUCAGUGUGUGUGUAUGUGUGUGUGUGUGUGUGUGUGUGUGUGUAUAUAAAGGCUUUAAAAGCAGCAAAUGGAAUUGAAUUGUU